GUUUUUUUUUGUAAGGGAAUUAAUACACUACAUGGCUGAGUGCAUAGUGUAUAGUGCAUAAUUUGGGACACUCCUAAUCAGUCUUUAAACUAGAUGUGGUACUUUUGUGUUGAUAAACUUGUAACUUGUUGGACUAUAGAUUUCAAGCAGCGUUGAAGGUAAACAGUAAAAUGCUGUAAAGUAAUUAAGUCAUGUGUCAACAAUGAAUGUAGCAAACUGUUUGAAAUGUUUACCCAUGCAUAAUGUGUACUCUUUCACAUGCUGUUUUUGAAUCAUAGUGGCGCACCCAGCCAACAUCUGUCCCAUUCACUACACCGCCGCUCCUGUCCGGUAGGUGGCAGUAAAGCGCUUGGCAUCCUAUCGUAAACCCUACAGAACAAAAGUCUACUUCGUGCUGUUAUCAAAGUGCCCUAGCCAUCCUGCUGUUGUUUAAUUUAUAGUAAUGCUCCAUAACUAUGUCUACGGCCUCUAAGGUUGUUCUGGGGUUAUCGAUAGUACUCACUAUCAGCACUGUUGCGGGCGUUCAUAUCAAGCAGAGCUGGGACAGACAGAGGCUGCACGAGGGCGUGUUGCGGGAUCUGGAGCGCGUGGAGCGCAAGCGUGAGAACCUGCGCAUGCUCGAGGAGCAGAUCCAGCUGACCAGAGAGCUUGUGACCGAACGAGACCGACGAGAGGCUGAAGCGGCGAGAACACCCAAUUCAUAA